AUGCCUGCUCUAGAGGUGUCAAAAUCGUCUGAGGAACCACAACCAUUAACCCAACUGCCUUUUGGUCCAAUAUCUCGAUCUCAUAUACUUCACUGCUCCUACGAUUAUUGGCAUCCUAAGUAUCGCAGCUCAACACUCAAAUCGCGCAUAAUUCCUUUGUCGCCUGCUUUCCUCUCUUACCUCCGCGCAGAUGGUAUUGUCCUACCUUCCGAAACACCCACAGCAAAUCCAAAUGCCACAGACAAUACCACAAGCGACGGCUGGGACGAGGAUCCGGAUCCAGAUCCGUCCCUCGAAUUUCUUGAAAUUCACAAUCAGAUUAGAGAAACUAUAGCAGAAUUGGGAGGUCUUGUAGCUCCAAAGCUAAACUGGUCAUCGCCCAAGGAUGCGACCUGGAUUAGCAUGACCAAAAACUCUAUGGAAUGUGCAACACCAAACGACAUAUAUCUCCUUCUCAAAUCCUCUGAUUUUAUUACACACGAUUUAGAACAUGCCUUCGAUGACUGCGACGAGGAUAACUCCUUGAAGCAGGAAGAUAUCAAGUACGUUUUGGUAUUGAGGAAGUGGUUCAAGGCAAAUCCGUCAUGCGAAUUUCGAUGUUUUGUUAAACAGAGGAGAAUAAUAGGGAUUUCUCAACGAGACUUGAAUCAUUUCGACUUCUUAUUUCCAAUGCAGGACCACAUUCGAGAUACAAUACUAGAAUAUUUCGCCAAAACGGUCAAGACAACAUUUCCAGAUGACAAUUUCGUGAUGGAUAUAUAUCUUCCCGACCCCUACGAUAAAGUAAGACUUAUGGAUAUAAAUCCUUGGGCACCACGAACUGAUCCGCUGCUGUUCUCCUGGUUGGAGCUACUCACGAUGCCACUUCCGGCGGCAUUGUUGGGUGUACCUGACUCGUCUGAAAGCCCUGCGCUUCCUAUUUCCAGUAGUGACGAAGAUAGUCAAGACGAAGAUGUGGAAGAAGUAGAAUGGAAACCCGAGCUUCGCUUGGUGAGGAAAGAUGACCCAGAAGCAUAUAGCUUUGCAAGUCCACAGUACAGCGCACACAAGCUACCAAAAGACGUUGUAGACGCAAGUCUAGGUGGCGAGAGUACUAUGAGAGAAUUUGCGGAUCAGUGGAAGAGAAUGAUGGAUGGUGGCGUCGACAUGCAAACAACGGAGGAAGACGAUGAUAGCGACGAGGGCACUAUUCAAGUAGAGCCUGCAACUUGA